AUGUCAGGGAAGCGGAUUAGUCGCUAUGGCAGCCGGGGAACAUCAGCUGGGAACACCUCUCUUCUUUUCAGGGGCGCUGGAAACUCCAAGUUCGUGGCGGAAGAGCAACGCUGUCCCGAACAGUUCCUUGUUUCAUCACGUCGUGAUUUCAUGCAGCAACUGAACAAGAUUCUCAACUCCAAACCAGCCGUAAUCAAGACGGUGGUGUUGCCGCCUGGCGUCCAAAUGAACGACAGCCGCCUCGCUGACGCUCAACUCCUGGAAGAGCGUGCGUAUGAACUCGAACCCGGGAGUGCCGGGAUCUGGCCUGAAGACGCACCCUUCGAGUGCGACGUCUCUGCGCGACUUCUGCCGCCUUUCUGGGGCCAGUCCGGGACCGCGGCCCACUACACGGUAUAUCCGGACAACCGAUUCGACAAGGACAUCCGUUGCGGCUAUUGCGAAAACCAGGGCGUCCGCAAAGCUCAACGACCCUUCUAA